AUGACCCGCACCCUGUCACAACUUCUUCUCGACUACUUGAUCAAACGCCAGAUCCAUCAAAACCGUCUGGUGAGAAAAGAUGGUCACUGCAACAUCGAAUACGGCAACGUGUGGUACAGCAAUCGUCUUGCCUACAUGCUGGACCUGUGGACGAGCGUCCUGGAGCUUCACUGGAGUCUCGUCAUGAUUUUGUUUACAGCGUCGUUCAUUUUCAGCUGGGUGAUUUUUGCAGCUCUGUGGUACUGCAUUGGCUACCGGAAUGGAGAUCUGUGGUGGCAGUACCCCUCGGUUGACCACAGCCCUUGUGUAAUAGGGGUCGAUAGUUUCACCACUGCUUUUUUAUACUCUAUAACGACACAGAUGACGAUUGGUUAUAGCGUAAGGGUUUUAACCACCUUAUGCUCGGAUGCCAUUACCGUCCUGGUAGCUCAGAGUCUUAUUGGAACAGUUAUUAAAAGCUUCUGGGCUGGAGUCAUAGUUUCCAAAUUUUCCUUGCCUAAGAAAAGAGCAAAAACGAUCUUUUUUAGUGAGACGGCUGUAAUCUGUCUAAAAAACGGCGGCCUCUGUUUGCAGAUCCGAGUGGCCAACCUUCGCAAGACCUUGAUGAUCGGUAGUCAGUUCUUUGGAAAGUUGCUUAGGACGACUAUCACACCAGAGGGUGAGACCAUCAUAAUGGACCAGAUUAGUAUAGAUUUCCAAGUGGACGCUGGGAAAGACAACUUGUUCUUUGCAUGCCCGUUGACCCUGUACCAUGUGAUUGACAAGACCAGUCCUUUCUAUGAGAUGGCCGUGGACACUCUGCACCUACAAGAGUUUGAACUUCUGGUGUUUAUGGAGGGAACGGAUGAGUCCACUAACUUCUUCUGUCAGGCUAGGACUUCAUAUAUUCCCCGAGAGAUCAUGUGGGGUUAUGAGUUCUUUCCCAUUAUUUCCCACAAUAAAGACGGAACAUAUUAUGUGGACUUUUCAGAAUUUGCGAGAGUGGUCCCGGUACUCACUCCACAUUGUGCCUAUUGCCUUAGUAAUGACCAAACGUAUCAUUAUGCCUCUAGAGAUGGAAUUAAUAAUCAGGGACUUGAUAGAGGAGAAACUGAGGAAACUAGUGAAGAGGGCAUAAAACCAUCAGUUCAAUUACGUAGUGUCCGUAAAAUGUCUAAAAUGUAA